AUGGCUGAGGAGGAGAAGAGAGGAGAGAUUGACAUCGACCGCAAAGAAUAUUUGGCGAGUAAAGAAUGUGCACAACAUUUUAAUGAACCUUCUCAUUGGGAAGACCUCACAGACUCAUUUCGCACAUACUACGAAACAAUACCGAAAGGCGAGUAUAAAGGAGACUCCCGUCUGAACUUGGCAAAGGUGUUGCACUCGACGGAGAUGUUCAAUCCAUUCAUGGACGGUGGCGACCGAUUGAAGGACAACUACAGCUCGGAGGAAUUGUUCUAUGCAAAGAAAGUGAAGGAACUGAAAGACUUCACUGGCGAGGAUGUUACAGAUCUCUUCGACGGAAUUUUGUUAUUGGAAAUGUUGUACCGCCACGGGAAGAUGUGGUGCCACACCCUCCAAUGCUGCGAUUACAUCAAUUUGAUAUCAAAAAUGGACACGCCGUGUAUUGGUAGAACAUUGGUCUUGGGAGCACUCAAGACGUGCGAACUCUUCUACGAGGCAAUCUCGAAGAUCGGCGCCGACGAUGAGGAGUUCGACCCGACGAAACCAAAUUUUCCAAAGUACACACCAGAGGACAUAUUAGGGUUAUUGCGGCAGGGUUUAGAGAGUGAAGCGGACGAGAACGUCAAAGUGCGGAUUGCGUUUAGAAUAGAGUUGUUGAAUAAUGCGUUGCAGUUGAGUAAAGACACCGCAGUCGAGUUACCACAAUUUCCGGAGUUAGUCAGUAGAGAUCCCAAGCGAUAUAUUCGACCGGAUUUGUAUCUGAGAAACACCGUGUUUAUCCAAAACAUCCGACGAUAUCCGAUACCCGAUUUUGAGGAAGUCAAAAAGAUAUAUGUGACAGAUAAGGAGAACCUUGCGGAGGCGAUUAAAGUGGGGAAGAAUGAGAAAUUGUUGAUACCAUUUUGUGGGUUGUAUCAGGUCUAUGAAGUCUCAGACGAUAUAUUACCGAGAUGCGCUAUUAGAGGAUACCUCUUUGCCAAUUUGAAAGGGAAGAUGAAGAGCUGUAUGAAACAAAUUGGACUGCCACCACAUCGUUUGGACGUCGAUGAAGGGUUUUAUAAUCGACUUGAAUUGGUCUGGACGGACACAUUGAAAAUGAUGACGCACAACAAAGCCCACUUCUUCAGAAAUUUGCCGUUGUUGUUGGAAGUGUAUGAAAUGACACAUGGAGACGCUUUUGUCUGCGAUAGAGCUACACUUGAUAAAUACCCUGCACCCAAUUUUGUCCCCCGAUUCAUCACCCCAGGACACUACAUCAACUCAUAUUUGGUGCAAAUCAAGUUCUUCUUAAUGACAAAGUUUUUAAUGAGUGGAGUUCGACUUGAGUUGUAUAGUGAACAUGAAUACCAUGUGAUCUAUUGGUACAUGUCUGUCCUCUUUGCUAUGAUGGGAGAGCACUACAGCGAGUUUAGAGUCCAGCUCGAUAUGGACAGGCGGCUCUACGCUUUUAAUAAUAACAAAAAGAAGAACGUCAAAAAGCAAAACUUGAUCAACACCACAGACCAAAACAUAUUGGCAUUGUAUAGAGCUGUCUCAAGUGGUGUCUCAAGGUUUUUACUUGCUCUUGUUAAGAUUGGACUGAUCAAGAGCCCAACACUAUUACUCGGGACGGAAAGAAUGAGAUACGACUUACGAUUUGCUGGGUUCAAUAAGGUCAAGACGCCAGCCUUCAUCCCGUUUGAUAAGUUCGAGGAGCAAAUUGAAAACGUUCAACCAAAAGUUCUUGUUGUCGAGGCGUUCAAUGAGUUCAAAAAAUGUAAAGACCUCGUCGACGUGAUAAAGAACGAAGACACUAAAAAGGUUUAUUCUAAUGAGAAGGUCAUCUCCUCGUUGUAUCAAGUCGCAAUGUCCAAUAUGCUCUGCGCUAUGCGUGUGAUCAAAACAGAAAAGUUCGAUAAUUGCUCUGUCACUCUUUCAUUUGAGCAGAACAAAUACUUCCCUGUCAUCUCUAUGAAAGCUCUGUAG